CAAUAGCAAGAGUUGAUACGUGGAAAAUAAAAUGACUCAACCUAUACGUAUAGAUGAAAUUCAAGGCAUUCUGUCAUAUUUAAAAUCAAUUAACUGGAGUGAACCAUGGCUAUGUGGACUUGUAGCAUUCCACCUCAUCAUGUUAUUCCUCAUAUUAGUAACCAGGAGACAUUCUAAUACACAGAUGAUUCUUUUUUUCUCACUUUUAUCCAUAGCAUUCUUCUCUGAACACAUCAAUCAAUGGGCAUCAUCAAAUUGGAAGUUAUUUUCCAAAGAGCAGUAUUUUGACAGCAAUGGGAUGUUUAUCUCCAUUCUGUUCUCGGCACCCAUACUUGUCAACUGCCUCAUCAUAGUGGCCUUCAGUCUUUGGGACAUGUCACACCUGUUAAUAAGUGUUGGUAGAGCAAAGGCCAAGCACGAUUCAAAGCAGCAGACUGAACAAGAGAAAGCAGCUGAUAAAAAGGACAAAUGAGAGGAUAAAGAUAAGACAUUUCACUAUGCAAGACUCUGAUAUAAAACCCUGAGGCCCAACAUGGCUAGGGUUGUCACAUGACCCCUUGGGAUGAGGGUAGAAAGUAGGGGUUGUGGUGAGGGAUAUAUUGGUUGAGGAAAUUGGCCAUUUUGUACAAUUUGUUCACUUAAAACACCAAAACUCUUGUUGAAUUGGGAACUAUUUUUCGAAAGAUCACCAUUUCU